ACCGUGACAAACAAGCGAGAGAAGCACAUAAAAAACACAAAUCAGAAACAGUCACAUUACAAGCUUAGGAAUAACGCAGGCAACAUAAAGAGAGGGCACGGAUCAAUGACAUGGCAUUAAAUUUUAAAUUCCCGCCUAAACCCCUACCAUAAUACCUUAUGUCAGUGUAUUACAACUAAGCGUAUAUCAUAACACUCUCUCUCCCCUUUCAAACCCUAGUUUCAACCUCGUUCCACCGUUCGUUAUCGUAAUGAAAGGAGGAAAGUCCAAAGGUGAAUCGAAGAAAGCCGAUGCUAAACUUGCGGUGAAUAAGAAGGGUGCCGCCGCCACUAAAGGCGGAAGGAAACCGGCCAAGGGAAAAGAGCCCAAAGAUCCUAACAGGCCAAAGAGACCUCCAAGUGCUUUCUUCGUUUUCAUGGAGGAGUUUAGGAAACAGUUCAACAAGGAAAACCCUGACAACAGAGCUGUGUCUGCGGUGGGUAAAGCUGCUGGAGCAAAAUGGAAGUCAUUGACUGAUGCUGAGAAAGCACCAUAUGCUGCUAAAGCAGAAAAAAGGAAGGCAGAAUAUGAGAAGAACAUGAAGGCCUAUAACAAGAAACAGGCUGAAGGUCCAGCUGCUGUUGAAGAGGAAGAAUCCGAGAAAUCAGAAUCUGAGGUGAAUGAUGAGAAUGAUGAUGAUGAUGAUGGCAGUGAUGAGGAGGAUGAUGACGAGUAGAAGCUCGGACUAAGAUAACAUUUAUGUAGGAAGUUCUGCUAAUGAUUUGAUCAUCUUAUGUAGAUGGUUUGGCCGUUCCUUCAUAAACAUAUUUCUUGCUUCCAGGAAUAUUUUGCUGCUCCCUUGGUUAAUGUUUUGUCUUUUCAAAACGUGAAUAUCUAAAAAAAUGUGGAGCUUGGCUUUAUUUGUACUUUUAAAUCCAACUAUUUAGUCAAGAGUUGUUGAUCUUUUGUAGAGCUUUUAGUUUUUCUUGAUGAAAUAUGGUUAUGUAUUAACAUAAUUUUCUUAUGGCAUUUUAUUUCCUUCCUGGUGUAUCAUUGUUUGUAUAUAUUUGAUGAUUGUUUCUGCUGUC